CCUUUCUUUCGCCGGCGAGAGGGGAUGCGGUAUAUAAAAGAUCUCAUCUGAGGUGCAAUUCCGUCAGAUACCACACCUCAGUACUGAUUUGGUAGUCGCUCGUUCUCCAGAUAAUCCCGAAGGCAGAGAAACACGAUUAAGAUGAAACCAUUCGUUGUACUCGGUAUCUGCGUCCUGCUUCUAGCAAGCGUAAUAUCCGAGAAAGUCGAAGACGGAAAAUCAUCCGAGGGCAAAAAGUAUUCAUCUACGUCGACUAAAGGGAAGCGAGGAGUAUCCGAUGGAGGUUACAUCGGAGGCUCGUCCCUCGGAGGAUCGUCCGGCUACUCAUCGGCGCCUAUCCAGAGCUUCGGAGGCUACGCAGCGCCUUCUCUGAGCUCGGGAUACUCCCUCGGCGGAUCAAGCAGCCCCCUUUCCCUGGGCCACGGAAGCUUCCAGGGCUUCGGAGGCCUCGGAGGAUUCGGAGGAGGCUACAACCUCGGCGGGCUCAGCCUCGGAGGCGGCAGUGGCUACUCCUUCCCCUCGGUGAGCCAAGGCCUCGGAGCUCACGGACUGUCGUAUUCGCUGCCCAGCGCGUCUUCCCUUAGCGUUGGAGGCGGCGGAUUCGGAGGCGGCUACGGAGGUGCGUUGAUCGCCUCCGCCGGUAAGCAGGGACCCGUCACCUUCGGCCUCCACAGCGGAAGCUACACACCUCCGGUCUACGCCACCGGGAUCCAGGGUCUUUCGGCCUACGGCAACGGCGCGAGCUCAUCGUACAGCCUCCCGAUUUCCUCCGGAGCUUCUCUGCACGGCCUCUCUUCUUCCGGUGCCUCGAGCUUCGGUCUUCCCGUCUCUUCCGGCGCGAGCUACAGCCUCCCCUUGAGCUCGGCCUCCCUCGGCUCUUCCUACAGCUUCCCCUCAUCCUCCUCCUCACACGGAAUUUCUCUCGGCUCACUCUCCUCCGGGAUCCAGAGCUCCUCAUACAGCCUCCCGUCUUCCGCUGUUUCUUCUCACGGUAUAUCCGGCAGCUACGGCGCUCCGCUUUCUGUCUCCUCGGGCUCGAGCUACAGCUCACCUUCCUCCAGCUCCUCUCACGGAAUCUCAUCCAGCUCGUUCAGCUACCCUUCUUCGUCUAGCUCCAGCUACAGCCUCCCAUCCUCUUCCAGCUCAAGCUACAGCCUCCCAUCUUCUUCCGGCUCAUCCCACGGAAUAUCCUCCAGCUCUUACAACUUCCCGUCUUCAUCGAGCUCGUCUCACGGACUCUCCUCGGAUUCGUCGAGCUACAGCUCACCGUCAACGAGCUACGGCCUUCCCUCGUCGUCCGGUUCCUCUUCUCACGGAAUCUCCUCGCUCUCCUCAAGCUACGGCGCGCCCUCCUUCAUCCGGUUCAUCCCACGGGUCCGGGUCCAUAUUGAGUGCCCUGGCUUCCGCCAGCGCCUCCGGAUCCUCGUCAGGCUACAACUCCCCGGUGAUCUCGUCCUCCUCCCACGGCAGUUCCGACUCCUACAGCCCUUCGUCAUCCCACAUCGGACUCUCCAGCGGCUCUUCGGACAGCUCGAGCUACAGCCUUCCAAUUUCAUCGGGUUCUUACUCAGGCUCCGACGCAGGCUCGUCCUACUCCUCCUACUCGUCGGCACCCUCGAGCUCCUACGGAAGCCCCAGCGAUUCGCACGGAGCUUAUUCGAGCUUGAGCCCAAGAUACGCGAGCUUCUCCGGAAGGUCGUACGACAGUUACAACGCCGGAGGCAACAAGUACGACACCAUCUCGUACUCAAGUCCUGGGGGUAAAUAUUAGAAGAGUGAAGUAUCGCAAAGAGGCUUGAUUAUCGGAAUUUUUUUCACAUUCAAUCCCAGAGUGAGUAGUGAGAGGCAUUUCGAGUUCCACAUUCUCAUUGACAAACGUUUGACAUUGUAAUAUUGACUGGACGCCGACAGAGCACGAAUACCUGAAACAAUUGAGACGAGUAUAAUAAUACAGAGUGAACAAACGGUUCACGUAUUUAUAAUAUGUAACAGUUUACUUUAAGAUAUCCUUGUUGACUAUUUAUGAUAUGUUGUUUGAUCAUCGUUCGAUAUUACAGAUCUGUGUAAUACGAGCGAAUGAUCUCUGUUGUAUAGUUAUUUCGUAUUAUUUUUCAUCUCUUCCUAAGUUUAUUUUAUACCGCAUUGUUUUGUAAUAAAAGGAAAAAUAUCAUGAAACAAUAUGCUUUGUUCUUUACUUUACUGUCUUGCCUUUACCGUUACAAUAAGUGUAAAGCCAAUUACUCAGCAAGUGCAAGAUAAUAAAUUGUGAAAAAAAACACAG